ACACACCGUGCUCCUUAGGCUCUCCAGUCAGCCUCAGCGCUCCGCUGCUUUAGCCUCACUGGGGACUCGGGGUCAUUUCUGCUCAGUUAUGCCUGAUUCUGCUAAAACUUAUAACACCUUCCCUUUGACAGAGGUUUCUGUUUCCUCUCUUGGCGUCUCUCACCACCACAGAGGGACGAGGUCCAAACUGUGGAGCUCUGUUCUAAAGAUGAUCCCUUACACAACGCUCUGCAAGUUUGCUCCUCUGGUUCUGGUUGGGGUUGUGGUUUUGGCUGCAAGUGGGACUACAGGGGAUCCUCUCUCUGAGUGCCUUCAGGACACCGACUACAGCGAGCUCCUGGACAUCAUGAUGAGAGGUCUCCCCUCUGCUGAGACGCCUCGGCACGUGGCGGUGAUCGGCGGGGGCAUGGCUGGGCUGACUGCUGCCAAGGUCUUAGAAGAAGCUGGACAUAAGGUGACCAUAAUAGAAGCCAGUGGGCGAAUCGGAGGACGGGUGGAGACCUUCCGGAACAGAAAAGAAGGCUGGUAUGCAGAGGUGGGAGCUAUGAGGAUCCCCAGCUUCCAUAAGAUUCUGCUUUCCUUCAUCUCCACAUUACAAAUUCCUCUGAAUCACUUCAUCCAAGAUGACUUCAACACCUACUACUUGGUGAACGGAAGGCUGCACAAAACCUACACUGUUGAAAAUAACCCCGCUGUGCUCAACUACAGCUUGAAUGACGGGGAGAAGGGGAAGUCAGCCGCUGAGCUCUUCAGUCAGACGCUCUGGAAGGUGAGGGACGACCUGAAGGUCCUGGGCUGCAGAGCCAUGUUGGAGAAAUAUGACUCCUACACAGUAAAGGAAUAUCUGGUAAAGGAGGGCAACCUGAGCCGCGGCGCCUUGAGGAUGAUCGGCGACAUCCUCAAUGAAAACAGCCUCUUCUACACUUCCUUGAUAGAGAUGCUGUACAUACAGUCGGACAUCAGCGACAACUCAGAGUACUUUGAGGUGACGGAUGGUUUCGAUCACCUGCCCAGAGCUUUCUACCAACUGUUAAACUCCACCAUCCUGCUGAACUCCAAGGUGAAGCUAAUCGACCAAACGGGCGGCGGUAACGUGACUGUAACUUACGAGGACCGGCGUGACUCUGGGUCUCUGUCAAACCUGACGGUGGACUACGCCCUUGUUACGGCCACAGCCAAGGCCACCCUCUUCAUCGACUUCCAGCCCCCCCUGUCCGGUGAUAAGAUGGAGGCCCUGCGCUCUGUUCAUUACGCCAGCUCCACAAAGGUGGUGCUCAGCUUCAAAAAACGCUUCUGGGAGGAAGAGGGCAUCAGAGGAGGGAAGAGCAUCACCGACCGGCCUUCCCGCUUCAUCUACUACCCCAGCCACAGUUUCCCAGGCACCACUGCGGGGGCCCUCCUGGCUUCCUACACCUGUUCCGAUGACUCCACCCUCUUCCAGGGGAUGAGUGAGGAGGACCUGAUGGCUGUAGCUCUGGAGGACUUGGUGAAAAUCCACGGGGAGUAUAUCCGACCGCUGUGCACCGGGGGGCUGGUGAAGAAGUGGGGCCUGGACCCUUACAGUCUUGGAGCCUUUGCCCUGUUCACGCCCUACCAGCAGGGACACUACGCCAGAGAGCUGUUCCAGAGCGAGGGACGCGUCCACUUCGCCGGGGAGCACACAGCGACCCCUCAUGGCUGGAUAGAAACUGCCAUGAAGUCCGCUUUAAGAGCAGCCAAGAACAUCAACAGCUUGACUCUGUAGCUUCAUGUCUGUUCAAGAUUUUUUACCUUUAACUUUUUUUACUCAUCAGCUCCAAGAUAUUCACUGCUUCAUCCUCAAAUCUGAUGUUAUGUCUGUUUUAUUGUGAAAUGGAGAAAUGAAGGAAACAAACAGUUGAUAAAGUCACUGAAAGUUAUGGUGGUUCUUG